AUGAGCGCAAACGUGCCGGAGUCCAACUCCAGCGGCAACUUGGCUCCCGCGGUGACCGAGGCGGGCGCCGCGCUCCCGGGCUACCUGCUGGUGCUGCUGGCGGUGCUCAUGGUGACGCUGGUCGUGGUGGUGGUGGCCGGGAACGCGCUGGUCAUCAUGGCUUUCAUCGUGGACAAAACCCUGAGGACUCAGAGCAACUACUUCUUUCUGAACCUCGCCAUAUCUGAUUUUCUCGUGGGUGCCUUCUGUAUCCCGGUGUACAUCCCGUACAACCUGACGGGUCGAUGGAUGCUGGGUAAGGGUCUCUGCAAGGUGUGGCUGGUCAUGGACUACCUGCUCUGCACCGCAUCAGUCUUCAACAUUGUCCUCAUUAGUUAUGACCGCUUCCUGUCAGUCACAAGGGCUGUUAAAUACAGAGCACAGCGGAAUAUGACCCGCCAGGCUGUGCUCAAGAUGGUGGCGGUGUGGGUGUUGGCCUUCCUCAUCUACGGCCCUGCCAUCAUCUUCUGGGAGGCAAUCUUCGGCCAGAGCAUUGUCUCGCCCCACGAGUGCUACGCAGAGUUUUAUCACACUUGGUACUUUCUGCUCUGUGCUUCAACCUUCGAGUUCUUCACCCCAUUCGUGUCGGUGGCCUUUUUCAACCUCAGCAUUUACCUAAACAUCCAUCGCAGGAACAAGAACGGAGGCGCCUGUGCCGAGGACGACACCAAGACUCAGAGGAACAGUAAGAAAUCCUGCGACGGAGGAGCCUGGUCUGUGUUUUUUGUCAAAACUCGAAAGGUGUCAUCCAGCGAGCCCACUGCCAUCUCUGCAGUUAUCGAGGACGAUGACGUCCUUUCGUGUGGAGAGCCAAAUACCAGUCAGAUAUUCACGCAGAGAGAGAAGUGCUCUCCAAACAGGAGAAACUCCAGGAUGUUUCAGCAGACAGCCUCCGGCUUGGCGCCUGGUCGUAGGACACAGGGAUCUCGCCUUUCUAGAGACAAAAAGAUUGCCAAAUCUUUGGCCAUUAUAGUCUGCAUAUUUGGGAUUUGCUGGGCUCCCUACACUCUACUAAUGAUUAUCCGUGCUGCUUGUAGUGGCGAAUGUGUGGCAAAGCACUGGUACGAGAUAACAUUCUGGCUCCUGUGGUUGAACUCAGCCAUCAACCCGUUCUUGUAUCCUCUGUGCCACAGCAGCUUUCGAAGGGCUUUCUCAAAGAUCCUGUGUCCUAAGAGACAAUCAGUGCAGCCUCAGAUUGAGGUUCAGUCUUGUUAGUUGACUCAACUACACUUCCAUGUCUAAUGAAUGCACUAACUGUUGUGGGUCAAACACUGUAAAAAUCCAUGUACUGUUCUUCCAUCAGAAAAAAAUCCAGUUUUCAAAAAAAAGACAAAUGUUUACAUUCGAGUGAGGACUGUCAGAGAAUAUGUGAUAGCAAUAUGACAAGACGUUGUGUGAGAAAAUAUAACUGCAGAUAGGAUUUUCUUUAUAAAGGGUAAAGCAGUGGCCUAUGUUGCACGUUUAAAAGUGGAAUUGUCCUUGAUUAAAGUACGUCAAUGAUCAGAUGUAACAUUUUCAUCU